AUGGAAAGGAGCGACAGUACAAUGAGCCAUGGGAGUGAGGGAGAAGGAUGUAUUUCAAAUGAUAUUCAAGAUGAUCCCGACAUUCCAUUAUUAAAUUCUAUUAAGAAAAUGAUGGACGACCUGCCUUCUUUAUCAGAUGAUUCUUGUAUAUUUAGAAUUCCCAAGAGAAUUCGCGAAACAAAUGAAAAGGCUUACACACCUCAUGUGGUUUCCAUCGGACCACUUCAUCGUGACAAAGAAUGUUCACACUUGCAAGCCAGGGAACAGCAUAAACCGAGAUACUUGCAGUCAAUCCUUCGACGUACCGGCAAGAGUUUGAAGGAUUUUAUAAAGGAGGUUAAGGAGUGGGAAAAGAGAGCUCGAAGAUAUUAUGCAGAAAGCAUUAUGCUGAGCAGCAAUGAUUUUGUGAAAAUAAUUCUUUUGGAUGGUAGUUUCAUCAUUGAGGUCAUUUGGAGGUACAAUUACUCUUCGGUAGAACGAUUUGAUUACUUAGAUAGGCAGGUUUGGAUAAAUGAUCUGUGCAACGACAUGAUCUUACUUGAAAAUCAGCUUCCCUACUUUGUUCUCGAGGGUCUCUUCAACCUAGCCUUCCCGCCAACCAUUCCGGACUUCCUCAAACUUUCCAUCAGGUUCUUUGCAAAUUUUGGUAUUGUCAGUGACAACCAGUCAUUUUCAAGUUAUGGAGUAAAGCAUUUUGUUGAUUUGGUGAGGUUAUGUCACUUACCAUCAUCUCUAAGGCCACCGCCAUUAAACACCGUCCACUAUGUACCAGUGGGCAAUGCCACCGAGCUUCAGGAGGCAGGAAUGAAGUUUAAGAAGCAUUUUGUUUAUUUGCUAAAGGUAUGUCUCUUACCAUCAUCCAUAAAGCCUUCAAAAACCGUCCAGUAUGUUCCGGUACGCAAUGCAACAGAGCUUCAGGUAGCAGGAAUGAAGUUUAAGAAGGGCUUGAGCAAUCGCAUGCUUGAUAUACAGCAUGCCAUGGAAGUGUUGGAAAUCCCCCAGUUGAUCUUAUCAAACUGGACGGAACCAUUACGUAGAAAUCUCAUGGCGCUCGAGCAAUUUUACUAUCCAGGUGAUAGUUACAUAAUUGAUUAUAUUCAUUUCAUGGAUAGCUUAAUUGGCACUGCUAAAGAUGCCGAUUUACUUAUUAAAGACGAGAUUUUUGUGAACUACCUAGGCGAUAGCAUUGCAGUGGCAAGUCUCUUUAAUAAUCUCACCAAGGAAGCGACUUUGUUCCGUCCCAAAUAUUACUUUUAUGGUAUGAGUGAAAAAAUAAAUGCAUAUUGCAAGGUUCCGUCGCACAAGUGGGAGGCAAUACUAAAACGCGAUUAUUUCUGCACUCCAUGGAGAGCAGCUUCUACCAUUGCUGCAAUGAUCCUGCUUGGACUUACUGUUAUCCAAACCAUAUGUGCUAUAGUCUCCCUUUAG